AGAUAUGCAACUGACAUAUUUGUCUUUCUUGUCCUUCCUUUCAGAGAAUUGUGAUACAAACAUUACCUUGCACAAUUUCAAUACAAUGUCUUUGAGAUCAUUCAGAGCUUCGGAUGGGCAGCCCGUAAGGGCAGUUCCCAUGGCGGUGACCUUUGCAAGGAGGACUUCUUCUGGUAGAUAUGUCAACUAUUCGAGAGAAUCCAACGAUUUAGAUAGUGAAAUUGGAAGUACUGAGUUCAUGAACUACACGGUUCAAAUACCACCGACACCGGAUAAUCAACCCAUGGACCCAUCAAUUUCUCAAAGGGUUGAAGAGCAAUAUGUAUCCAAUUCACUUUUUACAGGUGGCUUUAACAGCGUUACCCGUGCCCAUUUGAUGGAUAAGGUGAUUGAGUCCGAGGCAAGCCAUCCCCAAAUGGCUGGGGCAAAAGGGUCUUGUUGUGCAAUCCCAGGCUGUGAUGGGAAGGUGAUGAGUGAUGAGAGAGGGGAAGAUAUUCUUCCUUGUGAAUGUGAUUUUAAGAUUUGUAGGGAUUGCUAUGUUGACGCUGUGCGGACUGGAGAUGGUAUUUGCCCAGGUUGUAAAGAGCCUUACAAGGCCACUGAUUUAGAUGAGAAGGCUGUGGAUAAUAAUGGGCCGCUCCCUCUGCCGCCCAAUACAGGAAUGUCUAAAAUGGAGAGGAGAUUGUCAUUGAUGAAGUCUACUAAGUCUGUUCUUAUGAGGAGCCAAACGGGAGAUUUUGAUCAUAAUAGGUGGUUGUUUGAGACCAAGGGGACUUAUGGCUAUGGAAAUGCAAUUUGGCCAAAGGAGGGGGACUUUGGGAAUGAGAAAAGUGAUGGGGCUGGUGGAGAGCCUUCAGAACUUCUUAACAAGCCUUGGAGACCCCUGACUCGCAAACUGAAGAUUCCUGCUGCAGUUAUAAGCCCAUAUCGGCUCCUUAUCUUUGUGCGAAUAGUUGUUCUUGCACUAUUUCUUGUAUGGAGGAUCCGCAACCCCAACAAUGAUGCACGCUGGCUGUGGUUAAUGUCUGUGCUUCCCAAGUUCUGUCCUGUCAAUCGUGCCACUGAUCUUAACAUUCUAAAGGAGAAGUUUGAAACUCCUGCGGCCCACAACCCCACUGGCAAGUCUGAUCUUCCAGGAAUAGACAUCUUUGUUUCUACUGCCGAUCCAGAGAAAGAGCCUCCUCUUGUCACCGCCAACACCAUUUUAUCCAUCCUAGCAGCUGAUUAUCCUGUAGAAAAGCUUUCUUGUUAUGUUUCUGAUGAUGGAGGCGCUCUUCUGACGUUUGAAGCCAUGGCUGAAGCUGCAAGUUUUGCAAAUUUAUGGGUCCCAUUUUGUCGGAAACAUGAUAUUGAGCCAAGGAACCCUGAAACUUAUUUCAAUUUGAAGAGAGACCCAUACAAGAACAAGGUACGUCCAGACUUUGUCAAGGAUCGUAGACGGGUGAAGCGGGAGUAUGAUGAGUUUAAGGUUCGAAUUAAUGGCCUUCCUGAUUCAAUUCGGCGUCGUUCUGAUGCCUAUAAUGCUCGUGAGGAGAUUAAGGCUAUGAAGCUUCAGCGAGAAAAUGGGAAUGAUGAACCACCAGAACCCAUUAAGAUCCCUAAGGCUACUUGGAUGGCUGAUGGAACACAUUGGCCUGGCACUUGGGUAGUUUCUGCUCUUGAGCACUCCAGGGGUGACCAUGCAGGAAUAAUUCAGCCUGGGCAUUGUAUGGGUGAUGUGAAGCCUCCAAGUGAUGAACCACUAUGUGGCAUGUCUGAUUCCAGUCAAAUUGAUCUGACUGAAGUUGAUAUUCGGCUCCCAUUAUUGGUUUAUGUUUCUCGUGAGAAGCGUCCUGGGUAUGAUCACAACAAGAAGGCUGGUGCUAUGAAUGCUUUGGUUCGUGCCUCGGCAAUCAUGUCCAAUGGGCCCUUUAUUUUGAACCUUGACUGUGAUCACUACAUCUACAAUUCCCAGGCAUUAAGAGAAGGCAUGUGCUUUAUGAUGGACAGAGGCGGUGAUCGCAUCUGCUAUGUUCAGUUCCCCCAGAGGUUUGAAGGAAUUGAUCCAUCUGAUCGUUAUCCAAUCACAACACUGUCUUCUUCGAUGUCAACAUGCGGGCUCUUGAUGGGCUUCAGGGGCCAGUUUAUGUUGGAACAGGAUGUCUCUUCCGAAGGAUUGCUUUGUACGGUUUUAACCCUCCCCGGUCAAAAGAGUAUCACUCAGGUUGCUGCAGCUGUUGCUUUGCUCGCCGUAAAAGAAUGUCUUCAUGCUUCUACUGUCGCUGAAGCCAUCAGUGUCAUCUCAUGCUGGUAUGAGGACAAGACUGAAUGGGGCUCCCGUGUUGGGUGGAUUUAUGGGUCAGUCACUGAAGACGUUGUCACAGGGUAUAGGAUGCACAAUAGGGGAUGGAAAUCGGUUUAUUGUGUCACUAAAAGGGAUGCUUUUCGUGGGACAGCUCCAAUCAAUCUCACUGAUCGGCUUCACCAAGUUCUCCGGUGGGCUACCGGUUCGGUUGAGAUUUUCUUUUCCCGCAACAAUGCUCUUCUGGCCAGCUCCAAAAUGAAGUUCUUGCAGAGGAUUGCAUACCUCAAUGUGGGUAUCUACCCCUUCACCUCCUUAUUCCUCAUUGUCUAUUGCUUCCUCCCAGCACUUUCCUUAUUCUCUGGCCAGUUCAUUGUGCAAUCACUAAAUGUAGCCUUCCUCACUUACCUCUUGGUAAUCACCUUGACCCUUUGCAUGCUGGCCGUGCUUGAGAUCAAAUGGUCUGGAAUUGCUUUGGAAGAAUGGUGGAGAAACGAGCAAUUCUGGCUAAUUGGAGGGACGAGUGCUCAUCUAGCCGCUGUGCUUCAGGGUUAUUGCCGGAUAGAAAUUUCUUUUACUUUGACUUCUAAAUCUGCCGGUGAUGAUCCUGAUGAUGACUUUGCGGACCUCUACAUUAUCAAGUGGACGGCCCUGAUGAUUCCACCAAUCACGAUCAUGAUAACCAACUUGAUUGCAAUAGCCGUUGGGGUUAGCCGGACAAUAUAUGAGACAAUACCACAGUGGAGCCGUUUGCUGGGAGGGUGUUCUUCAGCUUUUGGGUCUUGGCUCAUCUCUACCCAUUCGCAAAAGGACUCAUGGGAAGAAGGGGGAGGACUCCAACUAUUGUGUUUGUCUGGUCGGGACUUAUUGCCAUCACAAUUUCACUUUUAUGGGUCGCCAUUGAUCCCCAUC